CAACGUGCUUGAUCAGUACGAAUUUUCAAAACCUUAGACUGAUAUUUCUCUAACAUUUUUCAGAAGAUUUUCAUUUGAUUGUAACGUGUUGGAUUAGUGUAAGCAUAAUGGUAUGGCUGUUGUUAUCGUUCGCGUUAGUGUUGUGGUUUGUGGCCUACAAAAUCCGUAGGCGGAAUAUGUACAAAUUGGCCUCUCUGGUUCCGGCUCCGAUCGAAGAACUGCCUAUUGUUGGUAUCGCACAUACUUUAACUGGAAGUCCUGUGGAUAUAAUGGAGACACUUCAAAAUUUUAGCUACGCCUCAUUUAAAUUUAAUGGAAUUCUUCGAGGGUGGCUAGGUCAUUUACUGUAUAUUGUGGUAACAAAUCCAGUAGACUUAGAGAUGAUAUUGAAGAAUUGCCUAGACAAGGACAAUCUUCACCGGUUUUUACGGAAUAUAUUAGGAAAUGGAGGCAUUUUUGCUCCAGUAUCAAUAUGGCGGAGACGGCGAAAGAUCAUGAUUCCGGCAUUCAGGCCAAAAAUCAUCGAGAACUUCGUUGAAGUAUUUUCUGAACAAGGCGAAAUACUGGUGAAGAAACUGGAGCCUAGAGUCGGAACUGGCACAUUCAGUUUAUGGCCAUAUAUUAGCACUUAUACUUUGGACUCUGUCAGUGGUAAGUAAUUAAGUA